CCCUCACUGCAAACCACGGCGAUUCACAAAUCAAACAAACCCAUUUUCAUUCUCUCAUUUUCCCCUCAAUUUCAAUAUAUUAGCAAUGGACUCUCUUCCCUCCCUCUUCUUCAUUCCCUAACGCCACACAACCUCUCUUUGCCUCCCAACCCCACCUUCUCUCUUUUCUUUUUCUUUCCUCAAAAUUGCCCAAAGAAGAAAAAGAAAAAAGAAGCCUUCGAAAUGAGGUUUCUUCUGGAGUUCGUCGCUUGCUGUGGCUCGCCCGUACAGGGUGAGUCAAAGCCAGUAUUGACGAGACCUCCCGAAGAAGAGACAUCGCUGGUCUCAGCGACGCCUUCUGCCGUACUCAUUCGUCGCUCUUAUCGAAAGAAACAGCGAAUGGGUUCGGCAGAAUGGAGGCCAUCGCUGAGACCCAUCUCGGAGGACUCGCCCAGGGAGAGGGAAAGUCCUCGAACCAGCUCGGCGAGCUCCACCGGAAGGGAUGCGAAGAGGAGGAGCCCCGGCGGCGGUGGCGGGAAGGUUCGCCUCCGUAGUUACAGCGACAGCAAUUACGGAUCAGGUGCGAUGCCGUCGCUCAUACCAACAUUCUCUCCGACGCCAUUUAUGUUCUAACAUUAGAGUUGGAUUUAUAUGUAAGGAAAAGUGUAUAUAUAUAUACCAACUAUUUGGGUUGAGGUUUAAAAAAAAAAAACAAAAAAAGGUUGUUAAAAUUUGCAAUUUGCAUUUUGAACGAAGUAGCCUUCUUAUAUCACUCCCUUGGUUAUAAAUUAA